GAUGCCGCGUAAUUAAGACUUAUACAUCAGUUACCACCAUACUAUUUGCAUAGGUGAGUGGCAUGCCAAUUGUCUUCCUGUCUAGUGCACCAGUGACAUAAAGUAGAACAAGGUCCACUAUAAAAUCUAAAAUGAUUAUCAACACACCCGCUUAUUCUAUUUUGGAAAAUGUCUCUUUGGACGAAAACAAUGAAGAAUUUACUUCCUCUCCUUCAGUGUAUGAACCAGCUGAAGAUACCUUUUUAAUGUUGGAUGUUUUGGAAUUAGAUCUGGAGCAAGUGAUUAAUACUCGAUUGUCAAAAAAUAACACAAUUGUCGGUUCUACUGCCAAGUGUGGACCAUUGUUGGUUGUUGAAUUAGGUUGUGGUUUUGGUAUUCUUACUGCUGCUAUAUCGAAGGCUUUAAGUGAUACUCUUUCAUCAAUUACUGUUGGAGCUCACUGUAUAGCCAUAGACAUGAACCCAGCUGCUUGUCGUAAAACCAUUAUGACAUGCAAACUUAAUAAUGUUGAAGCGGAUGCAAUACGUGGUGAUCUACUUACAUGGAUGCGAUAUCCUGAAACAAUAAAAGCAAAUAAUGACUCCAACAAAGAAACAUUUGGUCCAAUUGAUAUUCUUUUAUUCAAUCCUCCAUAUGUUCGAGGUCCAGAGGGUGAACAAGCACCAACUCCUAGAAUAACAAAAAUUGAUACUCAAGACCCGGUAGCUCAUGAUCGACAGCUAGCAAUAAUGGCAGAUGCUGCUUGGCUGGGUGGUGGUCCAGAUGGUAUAGAUGUGCUUAAAAGAGCCCUGCAUCAAGCAGCUGAUCUUCUUUCGGAGUAUGGAGUAUUUUAUGCACUGAUGAUUGAUUACAAUUAUAAUGCGCUAGUGCGAGAUGAAAUGCAAGCCCGGCGUGAUCGAACUGAUCAGAAUAUUUAUAACGAUGACUUAAAUAAUAUAGAAUUAACAACUUUUGGAAGCAGCCCUGCUAGCAGACAUUUAAUAUGCACCCGUAUAUUAUCCCGAAAUGUUCCUGGUGAACACUUAGCUGUAUACCGAAUUUAUCGUCCUAUUGAUUUAAAUUAAUUUUUUAUCACACAUUAUGUCAGACUGAUCACUAACAUAGUGCAUAAGUUUUAUUAACAUUCCUUUUUAUUUAUUUUCAUUUAUAAUGUUUGACAUUUUGUUUUCAUUUUAUUUCAUUAUGGGUACUUACUGAGUACUGUAUCCAAUUCAAUUUAUUUUUGUAUUACUAUGUAUUAUACAAGUCAGUUCAA